ACCGUGACCCCGCAGCCCCAUAUCAAUGUCAGUCAGCCAUCGCCAGAGGCAUCGAAGAAGAGGCAUCGCAUGUCAUCCACACAGUUAAUGCGUCUGGAAUCGAUAUAUCAAAGAGACACGCAUCCGUCAAGGCAGAGGAAAACCCAACUUGUAGACGAGCUUGGCUUGGACUACAAGACUAUCACAAUUUGGUUCCAAAACAAGCGUCAAGUCGCAAAACGUAGCCCACCGGGCGUGUCUUCCAUACCGCUCCAGAUACGGAAUGGUGUUUCCCAAACCCCGGAUCACCAACAUGCUUUGCAAUCUCCUUCAGUACUCAGGCGUGUCUCUUCAGCCAUCGGUGAACGCCACUCUACAGCCCGUGAUUCUGCCAUCGGUUUAAAACAAGGAAAAGAUGUCGACAAAUCACCGCUGAAGAAGUCACUGCAGGUCAAGCCUCUCCUAACUUCCUUGGGUUCAUUCAUUUCUUCGAAACCGCCCAAGGCUUCGCACGGGAAAGACCAAGUACAACCAACGGUGGCAAGUAAGACCAGCGCCAAGGAACUAUGGCAGCACCUCCCUUCAUCGCCAACAGCUCCAAGUUCAGUAUCCGACAGAGGAGGCGAAGCUUGUAGUACUGCCCGCGAUGAAAAUGACACACCAUGUAGCAAGAGAGGCCUGACACUCGAGUGGGCUUGCGACAGACAGACGAAACGAAGACGAGGAGGAAUAGACAAUAGUAGCGACACCGACGGUUCGAGCAGGCUCUGGUUUGGGUCAUCUAGUCGACGCACAGGUUCAGCGCUGUCAUUACUCUCAUUGGCCACAGGGAGGAUCAGCACGUCUUUGCCCGCCGGGCCCACCCCUUCACAGGACGUGAUACACGGAGCUUCCCUUCUGUUGAGCUUCAAGCAUUCCUUGAGAGGAUGCGACGCUGGGAAUAAGCAGGUGUAGUACUAUAGAGUGGAUUCUUCAUCACACAAGAGCAUAAAAUGACGCACAACACAACAUCCCUUAUAUCGAUAAACCAUUCCGUUAGAUGACACAAUAUGAUGGAAAAUUGGCUACAUCGGUAACAUGCAAAGCGCGAGGGUACUGGCGAUGCGAAGGAGUGUUAAAAUGCAACAAUGACUUUAAAAAUGCGAGGGGCUGAAAUAACAAUUUCAAUGA